AUGUCGCACCCCCCGCGCCGCUCCUCCAUGCUCUCAACGAGCAGCAGCGCCCAAACAGUCACACCAAGCGAGAAGCAAGUCCCGCCACAACCACAGCUCCAAACACCAACCCAGUCAAACCCAGGCCUGCGCGUCCCCUCCAACCGCAAAACAAUCUACGACCGCCACCUCAACCGCAGCCGGAAUGCCGAGUCCAGCCGCGCCAGCUUCGCCUUCCUGUUCGGCGAAAUGGUCACAUACGCCCAGAGACGGGUGACGGGUAUACAGGACUUGGAGAGACGGUUAAACGAACAAGGCUACCCGCUCGGCCUGCGCCUCCUCGACCUCCUCUUCUACCGCACAAUGUCCAGCAGCUCCUCCUCCGCCCUCUCCAGCUCCUCAACCUCCGCAUCCCCGCCUAACCGCCCGCUCCGCAUCCUGCCCCUCCUCCAUCUCAUCCACGGCCCGCUCUGGCGGCUCCUCUUCAACAGACCCGCCGACGCGCUCGAGCACUCCGUCUCACCGGACACGCCGAACGAGUACAUGAUUACCGACAACGACCCGCUUGUCAACUCGUAUAUCAGCGUGCCGAAGGAGAUGAACCAGCUCAACUGCGCGGCGUACGUGGCGGGGAUCAUCGAGGGUGUUUGUGAUGGGUGUGGGUUUGAGGCGAAGGUUACGGCGCAUAAUCAGCCGACGGAGCUGUGGCCGAGUCGGACGAUCUUCCUGCUACGGUUUGGGGAGAGUGUUAUGGAGAGGGAGAAGGUGUUGGAGCGGGCGGGCGUGAAAUAG